UUUCACAGGCUUCCAUCAAUAACCUCCUGGGGUCAUCAAGCCAAAUUUAUGACUGGCCAACAGAGUCACGUGAUUCUAUUUAAACAUCCCAUAUUUGGGCAGAGCACAUAGAAUAAAGAAAGAGGAUUCCCCAGCUAUAAAUUCUGCACUUUAGAGAACAAAACCCCUGAACUUCAAAGGGCCACAAAUCAAGCCUAAUCAAAGGGUGCAAAAAAUAACAAUAAUAAUAAUAAUAAUCAGCCAUGAGCUCGUACGUAGCCAAUUCAUUCUAUAAGCAGAGUCAAAAUGUUCCAGCCUAUUCCAUGCAAAGUUAUGGGAAUUAUGGAUCUGUAUCCGAGGUCCCUUCAUCCAGGUAUUGCUACAGUGGGUUGGAUCUGAGCAUUACAUUCCCAUCUCCUGGUUCUUCAAACUCUCUAAACGGUCUGGACAUGCCUUCAAACCCCACUACAAACUCUGAUCGGCCUUCCUGUAAUGUCAUGGGCACUUCGGGGCACACACUGGGUAGAGGAGAUCAAGGUGCCCUCAGCCCUGGGAUUUACAAUCAGAAAGCGGGGAGCACUUCGUUGGAGGACAGAUCUAAAGGGAUUGAGAACAUCAAAUCAGAGCCGGUACUAACAACUCCACAAGGACAGCAACAACCACAACAGGCACAGCCACAGCAGACGCAGCAACAGCAGCAGCAACCACCCCAAAUAUACCCCUGGAUGACCAAACUGCACAUGAGCCAUGAAACUGAUGGCAAGCGUUCCCGGACAAGCUACACUCGGUAUCAAACCCUGGAACUAGAGAAAGAAUUCCAUUUUAACAGAUACCUGACACGUCGCAGGCGCAUUGAAAUAGCCAACAACUUAUGUUUAAACGAGAGGCAGAUCAAGAUCUGGUUCCAAAACCGAAGGAUGAAGUGGAAGAAGGAUUGUAAAGUCAAAACCAAAGACUCCAUUUAAAAUGGCGACCUCAAAGGAGUUAGAUAUUUAAACUUUAGUUUUACUACAUCUACUUAAAGAAACUUUUUUUUGUUUUUUUGCCUUUUGUGUGAAGGGAGGUGGAUGGGAUCAAGGGAAGGUAAAAUAACUACAGGGAAUCUGAGUUGAUUAACACCUCUAACACAAGACAGGUCCCCCCCACCCCACCCCUAUAUUUUGAAAGCAAAAAAAUUGUGUAUAGAUCUGUAUUUUAUCCAUUAUUAUUUUGGCUAAUGUCAAGGUGUAAAAUGUGGAGGAAAAAAAAACUGUUUAGGCAGCUCCUUGUAUAGUUUACUAGCCCAGGCGUCAUUGUACUAACUGUGCAAUCUGUCCAGGGUCAAGGAAAGUUCUUUGGGGAAAAAAAUGCUAAUUGGGAUACUAGGAUGAAAGGGGCAGGCAAAGAGUGGCUGUAUUAUAUUGUGCUUAUUAUAAUAGGGGUCAUAUCUUUGGCAACCAGUUAGAUUUGGAAAAUAUAAACAAUAGAAAAAAACACAAGUAUAAAGUUUCAAAAUGAAACUUUGCCAUUUGUUAUAUAGUAUUGUACAUACACACAUGAGUGUGUAAAAUCCACUAAGAUGUGUCCAUGCACUUGUAUAGUCUUAAAAAAAACAUACGUGUCACACACUACAGCGUGAAUUUGUUUUUAUGUCUCAUUUUAAUAGUAGUGUUUAUGUUUCUCCCCCUUGGGUCAAAUAUGUGCCCAGCUAUCCCUACCCUUUGCCCACACACUAUGGUAUACUUGGUUAUACAGUGUAUGUGUGCAGGAUUUAGUUUGUCUUCUUUUGGCAUUUUGGAAGGGAACAAAUCGCUAAAUUUAUUUUCAUGUGUAAUUUAUUGUGUUUUUUUAUAUAUUUUUUCUUUAUUUUGCAUUAUGCUGAAGUGUAUAAAACGAUUUGUACUUCAUUGUUUAAUAUAAUCAUUUUUAGCCAGUUUUCUGCGAUAAUGUAACUCAUAUAUUUAUUGGUUUCAGUUUCAUAUGUGAAAAUCAUGAAUCUUAUAUUUUGUCAUAUUGAAUAAACUGCAAGUAAUAUAAUAGAUGAA